AUGGCCGCUCCGCCUGAGCGGACAACGACAAGACACAAAAAGCCUUUAGCAGGUGAAGUCAAACAGGAUGGUGCCAGCAUUGGUUCCGAGGCGAAGACAAGGUCUACGCCACGAUCACGUCACUCGCGCUCGUAUGUGGCUGCACAACAGGCCCAUGCCGCUAGGCGUGAUAGGGAAGAAUGGCUUCGUACGCGUGGAGCAGGAAGCAAUGUACUGCUUUGGUUUGAAGAGCUGAAAAAGCGACGCUCAAACAAGGUCAACAGAUUUGGAUGGACGGCGGCGGAUGUGGUACCGCCCGUUGAAAAUAUCCUCAAGCGCACAGCUGAGCCAUGUGAAGUCACGGGUAUGGAUUGCCUCUUAGAUUGGGGUAUUUGUGACUAUACGAUCAUGCCGAAAACGUUGGGUCGAGGCCGUUUUUCUACCGUAUAUCUGGCCAUCAAGAAUGGUCAGCGGUAUGCCAUCAAACACACGCCGCUGUUUCCCCAUCAUGAACUGGUAGCCACGCGCUUAUUGCGCGAACCUACACUGCUCGCAGAGAUUCCACCGCAUCCAAACCUUGUGACUGUGGUGGAAACGAUUCGUACACCUGGCCACUUUUACCUGGUAGAAGAGUAUUUGGACGGCUACGUGACGCUCGAGUCGCUGAUUUCUACCUAUAAUCAAGACAAUCCGUCGGGACCACACAAGCUUCCGGAAGAUGUGGCUUACAAAAUCUUGGCCCAGCUUGUCAUGGCACUGCAUGCUAUUCACACACCGUUGCGAGUAUGCCAUCGCGAUGUUAAACCAGAAAACGUGUUAGUUCAUCCAGAUACGCUACAGCUCAAGUUGCUCGACUUUGGCUUAGCGACGCACUUCAGCCGGAGUCAUGCCAAAUUGACGACGUGUUGUGGCAGUCCGGCCUUUCACUGCCCUGAGAUUGUCGCUGCGCUCUCGCAUCCAUUGGGUACUGUCACCUACUGGGGUCCAGAAGUCGAUGCUUGGACGUGUGGUAUUACGCUUCUUCGUUGCCUCUCCGGUAUUCGAUACCCACUUGGCACAUCGCAUACAUCGCCAGCCUCGAUGGGCGUUCGUGCACAGCGUGUGAUUUCGAGUCUUCCACCGUCGCAGCUUCGGGACGAUGUGGCGGGUCUGCUUGACUUGCAGGCUGAAGCACGUAUGCGCCACUUUGAUCAGCUUGCAGAGCGCGUUGAAGCGGAAGCAGGCAUGCCGUCCGAACGCCAACGCCGCGAGCUCAAAUGCACGUCAUUUGUGCCUGCGCCACCCCAGCAUGCUAUGGUACUGCCCCUUGUUCUUACGAGCGAGGCUCUGACGCAUGCCAUGGCUGAUAUGCCACUGGGUAUGGACCUGUCCCAUUUUUCCAUGAUUACGCUUCUUAAUACAUCACUGCAGCCUAGUCAACGCGUACUGUCAUUCAUUAGGUACUGCUUCCGAUGUGCUGGCAUUUUGUAUCAUACGGUGGGAGUCGCCUACCAACAGGAUGAGCCAGGUAUUAUGCGCUUGGGCACGGCGGCGCCAUCGGCUUUUGAUGCUGUUCGUUCUUGCGCGUUCCAGUGUGUGGUCGAGCUGAUUCAGGAUGAAGAGCCUGGGAUGCUCACACAAAUGAUGCAGUCCUUUUUUUCCCUAUUUGGGCGACAGGCAACGACAGAGGAACUCGUCAAGCUGCCGCAACGUGCGAUCGAUCCUGAUGCGAAGCACGACUCGGAGCCGCCUAGUAGUGGGCCCUCUGGAAAGCAAGGCCCUCUGUGCAUGCUUGUGUGCUAUGUGGUGGUCACGUUUCCAGAUAGCGGUACGGAUACACCUAAGUAUCCAGAAUUUGAGACGCCAGCACCUGAGAUGAUUGCCGAGGCCCUGCAAAAUCGCUUUGCACCCAUCAAGAAAGAGACUGCCUUGACGCGUCAAGGCACAGCUGAAGAGCCCAACCUACGUAUUGAUACACGUGUUGAGCGGCUUCCGCCGCCGCAGAUUGUGAAAACCUCACCUCAGUAUCGUACUCGCUCGCGAUCGCGAGCCCGCAGCCUGCAGAGUCGUGCUCCGCGAGGCGUGCAUGUGUAUGUUUCCGACGCGCGUGCCGUACCUUACAUCCGAGGUGCGCUCAGCAAUGGUGGUGUGCUCAGAAGUGAGUCACUCGCAUCGUCGACUUCGAGCCGCGUGCAAAGCCCAUCGGCUCGGUGGUCAGGUAGCGAAACGCCUGUGCCUGACACGUCACUGAUGCCGGCCACGGCCGAUGCUAUGGGGCCCCAUGAACUAGAUACGUCGCUCGAUGCUAUUGAAGGCACAUGUCGUUCCCUUCUCGUGCGGCGUGUGAUGCCUGGACGUGCUGAUACAGACCACGAGCAUGCACAGCGCCUGUACAUGCUCGUUUCGCGCUUGUACCGCCGUCUAGAGCGCUCUUUACAGGGUACGCACAGCGACGCACUUCGUAUCCAAAUGUCCGAGCGCAAUUUCCGCGCUCUGGAUGUGCUGGGCCCGACGUUGGCUCUGGUCGGCGAGCAUGAUACCGUGCCACGCGAUGCGCACACGAACACGGGCAGUGUCGCGCUUGCCGUGCUGGAGCUGUUUAGUGCCUGCAGCAGUGCCAAAGAAAUGUGUCUCGGAUUUCAAGAGCAAAUUGAACGCUUGAGUUUGGCGUGGCGCUCCCGCGACGAUGUGCCGGUGAGCGAUGCGGACCGUGAUGCUGUGACCAUGCUCGCCCGCGAUGCGCCCAUGCUCGUGCAGGCGGUCAUAGGCCAGCUGCAGCGACUGGCCAAUGUGCUCCCUGCUAUUCGUACGCGACGGCCCAAGGCGACCGUGGAGUCGGUGCUUGGGCUCGUAUACCCGACGCUGUAUCGUGAUGUGCUGUGUGAUGCACUGGGUAUGAUUGCAGAGAGUGACACGCACGAAGAACUCGCGACGCAAGCGGCGAUCGUGUUGUGUGAGCUCGUGCUGAGUUUGCGCCCGCAUGCCCAAAGUAUGGAAGAGCCGCCCGACUUGGGUGGUAUGCUCACGGACGCGUUGUACGAACUGCUCCGCUUCUUGCCUCGAGCGACAAGAGAAGCACCAGAUGUGUCGCCACGCAUCACAGUGUGGAAUAUUGUGCGCAAGACCUACGAACAACUAGGCGUCGACCUAGGAUGUUGCGCGUUGGGGACGCCCGAUACGAAUCGAGCAGCGCUCGCCGUGCCGAGCGCAAGGCAUGCGUUUGUGCUGUUCGUGCACCAGCUCGCGUACGAAUCGUUCAUGUCACGCAUGAGGGGACGCUCGCGCCGUCGGUUGCGCAUUGCAACGCAGAAGAGCACUACGUUAGCUGAGCCGCAGCGCUGGGCGCCUGAUACGGCGCGCGAGAUGCUCGUGCGCCUAGCGGGUGUGCUACCCGGCACACUGAUGCCAGGGCUGGGGCCGCUGGAUGUGCCGAUUGCAUCUCGCACGAUGAUGUGCGUCCACGACACCUUGUUUUGUGAGUGUCUUGUUCUCUUUCUCGACUGGAUCGAGCACGCACUACCGCCCGACGUGAUGAGCGACGACGAUAUCACGUACACCGUUCGUGCACUUGCCUUAGUGGCCACGUACGCCACACAGGCGGCAGAUGUGCGGCCAAGGUCGUUUGACGUGAUGAGACGUCUUGUGCGUGAUCACAGCUCGGACGACGUGACGCUCCGUAUCGUACGAGAGUGCAUGUCGCCCACGGCACCCGUGCCGCUGCGUGGUGCGACUGUGCAUCUCUUGCGUGAUAUUAUUGCACGGCGUCUCGACAAGGUCGAGCAUGUCCAUGGCCACGAUGCGCUCCUCGAUGACGGCCGCUUGUGGCGUGUGUGGAACGACGAGCUGCUAGUCGUGCCUUCUUCGCUGCCACCGCCGCCUAAGGACGGCGGUCAUGCGACGCCGCAUUUGGACGAGUUGGCCGCGUACCUUGUGCAGCACCAGACCUAUCUGCAGGAAUGCCUUUCUCUCUUUUACUUUGUGACGGUGCGCGACGCCGCUCACAAUGUCACGGGCGUGCAUGACGAGCGCGAGUACGAGCGCCUGUACCGUCGAUUCGUCCAGCCGCUCGCAUCAUGGGUCGAGUCCUGGAGACCGCAUGUGCCAGAGGGCGAGCUGUCCCUGCGCCUCUCGCUCCUUGAGACAGCCAUUUCACGUAUAUAA